AUGAUUACACUAACAGAGCUAAAAUGUUUAGCUGAUGCUCAGUCAUCUUAUCACAUCCUGAAACCUUGGUGGGAUGUCUUCUGGUAUUAUAUCACCCUGAUCAUGCUACUGGUGGCAGUGCUGGCUGGAGCACUCCAGCUGACACAGAGCAGGGUUCUGUGCUGUCUUCCAUGUAAGGUGGAAUUUGACAAUCACUGUGCCGUGCCUUGGGACAUCCUGAAAGCUAGUGUGAACACCUCCUCUGAUCCUGGACCACUUCUUCCACUCCCUCUCAGAAUCCAAAAUGACCUCCACAGACAGCAGUACUCCUACAUCGAUGCUGUAUGUUAUGAAAAACAGCUCCAUUGGUUCGCAAAGUUUUUCCCCUACCUGGUGCUCUUGCACACACUUAUCUUUGCAGCCUGCAGCAACUUUUGGCUUCACUACCCCAGUACCAGUUCAAGGCUUGAGCAUUUUGUGACGAUCCUUCACAAGUGCUUUGAUUCUCCCUGGACCACUCGCGCCCUAUCCGAAACCGUGGCUGAGCAGUCAGGGAGACCCUUGGCACUCUCCAAGUCCAAGGUUUUGCUUUCAUCCUCAGGCUGUUCUGCAGAAGUUGAAGCCAGCAAGCAGUCAUUGCACUCCCCACAGCCUGGCUUGGAGUCAGGUGGCCUGGAAAGCCCAGCUUCCAGUGUGCUGGACAAGAAGGAGGGUGAGCAGGCCAAAGCCAUCUUUGAAAAAGUAAAACGGUUCCGCCUGCACGUGGAGCAGAAGGACAUCAUUUAUAGGGUGUAUCUAAAGCAGAUAAUAGUUAAAGUCAUUUUGUUUGUCCUCAUCAUAACUUAUGUUCCAUAUUUCUUAAGCUACAUCACCCUUGAAAUUGACUGUUCAAUAGAUGUACAGGCUUUUACAGGAUAUAAACGCUACCAGUGUGUCUACUCCUUGGCAGAAAUAUUUAAGGUCCUGGCUUCAUUUUAUGUAAUUUUGGUUAUACUUUAUGGCCUCACCUCCUCCUAUAGCUUGUGGUGGAUGCUGAGAAGUUCUCUGAAGCAAUAUUCCUUUGAGGCAUUGAGAGAAAAAAGCAACUAUAGUGAUAUUCCUGAUGUCAAGAAUGACUUUGCCUUUAUCCUCCACCUAGCUGAUCAGUACGACCCUCUCUAUUCCAAACGCUUUUCCAUAUUCCUGUCAGAGGUCAGUGAGAACAAACUCAAACAGAUCAACCUCAAUAAUGAGUGGACAGUUGAGAAAAUAAAGAGUAAGCUUGUGAAAAAUUCCCAGGAUAAGGUAGAACUGCAUCUUUUUAUGCUGAAUGGUCUUCCAGACAAUGUCUUUGAGCUGACUGAGAUUGAAGUGCUCAGCCUGGAGCUUAUCCCUGAGGUCAAGCUCCCCUCCUCAAUCUCACAGCUGGUCAAUCUCAAGGAGCUUAAUGUGUACCAUUCUUCUCUGGUGGUAGACCAUCCUGCACUGGCCUUUUUAGAGGAGAAUUUGAAAAUUCUUCGCCUGAAAUUUACUGAAAUGGGGAAAAUUCCACGUUGGGUUUUUCACCUGAAGAAUCUCAAGGAACUUUACCUGUCAGGCUGUGUUCUACCUGAGCAGUUGAGUACCAUGCAGUUUGAGGGAUUUCAGGACUUAAAGAACCUGAGAACCCUCCACUUGAAGAGCAGCCUCUCCCGGAUCCCUCAGGUGAUUACAGACCUCCUGCCUUCACUGCAGAAAUUGUCCCUUGAUAAUGAGGGAAGUAAACUGGUUGUUUUGAACAACUUGAAAAAGAUGGUCAAUCUGAAAAGCCUAGAGCUAAUCAGUUGUGACCUAGAGCGCAUUCCACACUCCAUUUUCAGCCUGAACAACUUGCAUGAGUUAGACCUUAAAGAAAAUAAUCUUAAAACUGUGGAAGAGAUCAUUAGCUUUCAACAUCUGCAGAAUCUUUCCUGCCUGAAGCUGUGGCACAAUAACAUUGCUUAUAUUCCUGCCCAGAUUGGGGCAUUAUCUAAUCUAGAGCAACUCUCCUUAGACCAUAAUAAUAUUGAAAAUCUACCCUUGCAGCUUUUCCUAUGCACCAAACUACAUUAUUUGGAUCUAAGCUAUAACCACCUGACUUUCAUUCCAGAAGAAAUUCAGUAUCUGACUAAUUUGCAGUACUUUGCUGUGACCAACAACAAUAUUGAGAUGCUUCCAGAUGGGCUGUUUCUGUGCAAAAAACUACAAUGUUUACUCUUGGGGAAAAAUAGCCUGAUGAGUUUGUCCCCUCAUGUGGGUGAACUAUCAAACCUUACUCAUCUGGAGCUCAUUGGUAAUUACCUGGAAACACUUCCUCCUGAACUGGAAGGGUGUCAGUCUUUGAAACGCAGCUGCCUAAUUGUUGAGGAUAAUUUACUCAACACCCUGCCUCUCCCUGUAACAGAACGUUUGCAGACAUGCUUGGAUAAGUGUUGACCUAAAGACAAUUUUUAAAAGUAUGCCCCAGGGCUUUAAAUGACAAUUAUAGCUUUUCAAGUUAUCAAAAUGAAAAAUGGAUAAUAAUCACUAACUGUAGCCAAAUGUCAUAUUAGAACAACUCACUGUCUACCUGAAAUUAAGCAGGUAAAGAUAUAUCAAACACUGAACUGAAGUUUUGUGAAUAAUUGGUAUUUAACUUAUUGAUAUGUAAGAAGUACACUCUGAAGGUGGAUUGUGGGGUGUGAGAUUGGUGAAUUUUUUUACCUGGCAGUCUUGGCUUUGAAAAUUAUAUAUUCUUUCCACUGGCUCCCCAAAGUCUCCACUACUUAUUUGCACAAUUGUUUUUAACUGAGUUCCUGCUUUGAUAUUUAGCACUAAGACCAUAAAUACAUAAAUGUAAAUUUCCUUGAUAAAUACUCAGCAUGGUCUUUGAUUUAUGUGCUUAAAUAUUCUUAGGCAGGGUGGGUGCUUUGUGUUUGGCAGAAUUCCUUCUUGGCUUGAUUUUUUACUUCCUUUCCCAGUUUGCUGGAAUCAUAAUCUAAUUUUCUUUUAGCACAUGAUGAACCCUGAGAAAGUGCCUGCCUUUGACCUUUGCAUAGGACAGGAAUUGGGUCCUUAGGACAUGUCACUUUAAGGCAUCCUGAAAAGUAAUGAAUUAUAUGAAAUGUCUUCUUGUGCAUCAUUAAAGCCUUUUUUGUUACUGAUUUUAUAUUAAGUGCAAAACGUGAAUAUUUUCUAUUGUCCAAUCAUGGAUUCUGAAUCUGUGAUAAUUUUUGUAAGGGACAGAGAACAUAUACAUCUCUUUUAAGAAUUUACUACUAAUUUACUUGGUUUGGGAUGCUUGUGAUCCUCAUAUUUGUGUGCAUUCUGCCCCAAAAUCUUUUUGUACUCCUAAACUAUUGCUUUUGGAUAACAAAAGCCUUGUGUUUCAUGCAUAAAAUAUUUGGGAUGUUUCCUUAGGAGACAGUGGCUACAUAAUUCACCUCUUUUCUGGUGUCUGUGCUAUUAUUGUACGGGUAUGACUCUUAAUUACUUCAAAACCUGUGAUAGAGGGGAAAGGCACAAAUUUGAAUUUUUAGAACACCUUGUAGAAAUACAGUAAGAGCUAAAGCUAAAUAUACUUUUCCUCUAUCUGCAUGAUCUCUAGAUAAGAUUAUAAUGUAAAAAAGCUCAGCCUCUGUUUGGCACUUAAGAUAGUUUCUCAAAGCUUUCAAAGAAAUAGAUCCAUUUAGUGAAGCUCAUUUUAUGCCUUUGUCUUGCUAUCUGGAAUACAUUUUCCUUUUUUUAAAAGUGCUUUGUGCCUGGCCUUUUAUUACCAUGCAUAUUUGUAAGGUGAAUAAAAUUGACUAGUAUAUGGGAAAUAGACAUUUUUAAUGUGUUUUUCUCUAAGGGGUCUAGGCAAUGUGAUCCCUUUUCAUUUUGGAUGUAACUCUAAGUAAUUUUUAACUGCACCUAGACAAAACUGGACAACACUAUGGGUAAAUAAUAUUAUAAGCGUGGACUUGUGAUGUAAUGUGCGGCCUGUUUGGGGGUUGUUUUUGUUUUUUUUGUUGUUGUUGUUUUGUUUUGUUUUGUUUUUUUGUUUUGCCCACUCUAGAAAGAUGAAGUCUUACUAAAGAUUUCCAUGGAAAAAUGGAGUCUUAAAAGUUAGCCAUUGUAGCUUCCUUCAUAUCAUUGGAUUGAUAGCUUGGAGAAAAGAAUUGUCUGUGUCAACUGAAAUUUGAUUAAUAUUUGUUAUAAAAAUAUAAAAUACCAAAACUUACCAAGCACAUUAAUAUAGAUUCUGAAUGAGAAGGAAAAGUAUAAACAUAUAAUUCGUACCAAAAUUUGCCUUCAGUCAUAACAGUUAAGUUCUCAGGGAUACAGACAACUGAUGACUUCUAGGAUGUUAGAAAAUGGAUUCUGCCUAAAUCAGUAAUUUUUGUUGUUCUUCCUGUCAUUUAUUAUUUUUUUUAUGUGAGUUAGUAGUUAGUCAUUUUAAUGUUCUGUGGAGUUGUCUUGUGUAAUAAUUUCAAAAACAUGAAUAUGAUACAUGGAAAGGUGUUUAUUUGUUUUUGACCAUUUAUUUAGCCAAAAUUUGUGUGAAAAAUCUUACCUGCUUUUAUAAAGGAGUUUCCAAGGCAAAUCUCAGAUUUUCUACCAUCCCCCUGACAAAUUAGAUAUUUUCCAUGAUGUUUACUGGUUUUGUUUACCUUCAAGUCAGUGACUAAAUCUUCCAUAUCAUAAAAAUUUAUCUUGAUGUUGUUAUAACUGGAGCUUCUCUCCAGGCCAACUUUAUCACAUAGAGAGAGACAGAAAGACAUCGUAUUACCAAAGUUUUUCCCAGUGCCAUGGAGAUCAGGGAGUCAAGCCCAGGCCUUGCACAUAGCAAGGCAGUUGCCUUCCCAAAUGAGUUAUCUCACUGGUCCUCUAAAUUUCUGAAAACAAUUUACUAUCAGGAUCAAUACUGAAUACUGUAAGUUGCUUCAUAUAUACUAAGAUAAAUUUACUGGUGCAAACAAUUACUCUUGAUGCCAUCAUUUUUAGAUUUAUUUUUUAUUUCAGUCCUACUUAACCCACAGUGAAGUAGUUUUUGUGAUGAUGUAGUACUGAUGCAAUGAACUCUGAGACCACCAUGGAAAAAAGUGCUGAUGCCACCAUUACAUAUCUUUAUUAUGCAUGGAUCCAUAUCCAUUUAAAAACACUUUAAAUGAAAAUAAAGUCUUCAAUUUGAACUAUAAAACCUUAUUUGAUUUCCAACAGAAUGUAAUACAUUUUUAAAAAUCACUGUAGAUGUUAUUCAGAACAAAACUGAUAGCUUAUGCUAUUAAUGGCAUUGGUUAUUUUUAUUUACUCACAUUUGCUUUCACAUACAGAAGAGAUAACCUCUCUAUAUACAAAAUAUUCAGCUUACUAGUUUUUGUUUUUUAAAUAUUUCAUGUCUUUUCAAAGUUGUAAGAGGUUAUAGACUAAUGUUAGAGUAUUAAUUAUUUGUAUCCACUACUUAUACUCAUGGAGUGUUCUGUUCCUUUUAGUUAUGGAAUUUUAAUAGGAAAAGUAAGUGCUCAGCCUCGGCUUGAGAAUGUAAGCAGUUUUGAGCACUCCUCAUAAGGUGUGUUUUUUUCCCUAGACUGUAUUGGGGAACCUCUCUGUGACACAUAAGAUACUAUGUUUUCAUUCUUCACCCUUAGAUUUAAUUCAACAAGCCACCCCCCCCCACACACACACACACGUCAUUAUAUUUCACUGUCACUUAACAAAUGUUUAUGUUGAAACAGGGUAAAUAGAGACCCUCGGGUCUCAGUGUCGUGGCAUUGCUCUGAUACAUGUGCUGUAGUGAACUGCAUACAGUGACUUAUUUGCUUAACAUCAUUGUUUGAUAGUGAAAUGUUUGUUUCUGUUUGUUUAGGUGUUUUAUGAUCAAUUUUGUAUGUCUAACUGAAAUAUUGCAUAAAUUGAUGGGUUCAGAAAACAUUAAAAUAAUCAAACAAG